UCCCCUUGCUUUUCGCACGGAUGGUUUAGUGGCACUCGGUGUGUCUCUCUCGACAUUUUCGAACAAUCUCACACUAGUGCACACCGAGUAUUUCCGAACGCAGUUCUAAUUCAGCUAGCAAUCUAGCAGAAAAACAAGCGUCGUAUGUCGCUGACUAUAGAAAUCGUGCUCCUUUGCAAGAGGAAGGGGAGAAAGGGGUGAGAAUGAGGGGUGAGAGUUGCUUUGCAUGGAGAGUUGAAAUCCAUGUGGAAGAAUACAAUUAUAGACCUUUUGUUUCUGACAGAUUUCCUAAUCUCAAUAAUUAUCAACUUUAAUGUCGCUUAAUAUCUCUUUUCGCGGGGCAGAUUGAUACUUUUUUCUGCCAGAUUCUUUCAUUUCAAGCAAAAACACAUCGAAUGAGCUGAAUUUUAUUGAUUUUUGAGCACCAUGCCAAGCUGUUACAUCAAAAAUUGUACGAAUCGUGUACGGAUAAAUGAUAUAAAAUUUUUUAAAUUGCCGAAAGAACCUGUUGUUCGCCAGCAAUGGCUGAAGGCCUGCGGAAAAAAUGAAGGAGAAUUACCUAAAUCUGCAACGAUAUGUAGUAUUCAUUUCGAGGAAGACUGCUUUCGAUGGACAAAGCCACAAGAUAAUAUACCACCUAAGCAGAUAUGGCGAUUGAAGGAAAAUUCUGUCCCUACAAAAUCGUUGAAUAUGGAAAAGAAUGAUAAAAAAAAAAAUGAUAAUAAAAAAAUAAAAGUAGCAGGUGUACCAACCUAUGGACAACUUGUGCAAUAUGCGCGAGAAAAGCAGCAUAUACUUUUAGACGAAACAAUUUGUAUGGAUAUGAAUAUUUGUAAAGAUGAGUCCAUUUUGCUUCCAGAUGUUGCAAUAAAAAAAAUCACGAUAACUCCAACAGAUACGCCGCGUUGGGAUUUACGGAGCAAAAAUAAAAAAAAAUAGGAGUGGAGAUAAUUUUCCCAUUGUAACUUACAUAUUUUUGUUACAUGCUUUUAUAUUAUAUUAGUAUUGUGUUAUGAUUUCAAUUUCUUUAAC